UCCUUUUCCUAAGCUUCCGCUAAGAUGCCACCAGUAGUAAAGAAGGGUGAAAAGUUUGUCACCAAGAAAAUUGGUGGAGAUAAAAAUGGUGGUGAAAGAAAAGUCAGAGUGAAGAGACUGUCUAGAUUUUACCCUACUGAAGACAAAGCCAGAAAACUAAAAAGCCAUAAAAAAGCAUUCAGCCAACACAAGAGGAACUUAAGGGCAUCUAUUACACCUGGAACAGUUCUUAUUCUUUUGGCUGGUAGACAUAAGGGCAAGAGAGUUGUUUUCUUGAAACAGUUGAACUCUGGACUCCUCCUUGUGACAGGGCCUUACCACUUAAAUGGUUGUCCAUUGAGAAGGAUAAAUCAGAUCUAUGUGAUUGCUACUAAAACCAAACUUAAUAUUAAGGAUGUGAAAGUUCCAGACCGUGUCAAUGAUGACUACUUCCGCAGACUUAAACUGAAGAAGCCUAAGCAUGCUGAGGGUGACAUAUUUAACACUAAGAAAGAGGUUUACACUGUCAAUGAUGAAAGAAAAGAGGAUCAGGCUGUGGUAGACAAACAAAUACUGGAAGUCAUCAAGAAGAACCCAGAGAAGAAAUUGUUAUUUGGUUAUUUAGGCGCUACUUUUUCUUUGUCCAACAACCAGUUUCCACAUAAAAUGGUGUUUUGAACAUCAGUUCUUGAAGCAUACAAUAAAGGUUGAAGUUUA